GUAAUCGCAGACAUGCUACAGGACGAGAGAGUGGCAGUUUCCUCUUGACAAUAUUUGCAAGACUCGAUGCUAAUGAUAAUAUUUUUAUUCAAUCACUGUGAACAUGGACGAUGAAUGGGAAGAAGAGGAGCAACUUGUUGUGGUGGAGCUCUCCGGUAUAAUCAGUAACGACUUUCUGUCCAAGUGUCGAGGCACAUGCAAGAUACUGGACAUUGACAGUGACAGACCCAUGAUGCAGGUUGGACAGUAUGUGUUCGCAGGAGAAUAUGAAGACGCUUUGGGAACGUGUGUGCUGUUCGAGGAGGGACCACAGAGAGGACAAGGAGACAGUGCUCCAGAGCUCAAGUACAUGUGCCACACCGUGAAGAAGCUGAUGAUGCAACGAAUCUUCCUCACUGAAAAGAAAGAGGGUGAAACCAGCACAGCAGGAAGUGGUGAUGGUGACGAACAGCAAGACACAACCUCUCAGUCCAAUCAAGAAGAAAAUGACGAACAACAGGGGGAAACAAGAGAAGAGAUGGAGAGCAUAAAUUUAGACUCAGCUGUGGGUUGAGCAGUAGAUGCUUUAUUACAUUACAUUACAUUAUGACUUUGCUAUGCACCUGUACAAACACCAGCAUUUGUGAGGCUGUGAGGAGACUCUUCAAAGACAGUUAGGUGUACAGGAAAUCAGUAACAAGGAGACCUGUCAGUAGAAGUGUAGGUCUUUUACAACAUGCCUUCUCUCCACUGAGCCUCAGAAUCAGGAUAAUUUACCAUGCAACAUAAAUAUGGCAAAAUGUUACCUGAAGGAAAAAACAGGCUUUAACAAUUCAACAUGUAAAAGCAUCUCUUUCAGAUCUGCAUGGUAAGAGUCUUAGGGGCAGUAAUAGAAAUGUGGUGAGAAAAUUCAGUUUAGUGGUAGGAAGUGCAGUCAUUGUGUCGCUGAUUAAUUCAUUGACAGGAAAUUGAUAGAAAACUAUGGGAUUUGGGACUUUUGUUUGGUAUUUGACUACAAAAUACGAGGCCCACAUUUUACUUAUUUGUGAAAAACUGACUCCAUUGGCCCUAUUAUAGCAAUAGAUUCCCAACAUGGAAAGAAAUACAGUUGUUUUAUUUGUCGAUUAAAUAAAUGUGAUAUCUUUUUUUGGAACAUGUAUAUUAUACUUGUGCUUUUCUGUUUUGCCAUGUGCUUUUAUUCCCUAGAAUUGUUGCUGCACUGUUGUGGAUCGAGCAUUUGUUUACAACUCGGCUGUCACUGAGGGCUCAGAUCCCCUGUAUGAUAAGAACUGUGAAUAAAUCAAACAACAUGGAAACUGCA